CAUGAUAGCACUGUGUGUGGCAGUCUUUACAAUACUCGUUGUCCUCUUCUUCGGAGUAUGGAAGCUGCGUACCAAAGUGCUGCCAAGCCGGAGUGGAGUGCCUCGGAAACCUCGCUUCAGAAAGAGAGACAAAGUUUUGUUCUAUGGACGCAAAAUGCUACGAAAGGUAAGGAGUUUUACUAAAAAUACUGUUGGAGCAGCCUACUCUGGUCCUGGCCGAGGGAAAUUGAAAAAUAAACAGUUAGUGAUGAAAUUAGCUAAAAGGUUACUGCAGCUGCGAAACAGGAAUGCCCUACCACAGAGGAAACACACAGAGCCUCCACAAUCCUUCCUGGAGACAGACUCGUCGGAGAUUGAGGAGUCCGAUCAUCGUCUUCCACCAGAGGUGCUUUACAUGCUCCGUAGUACUAGAGUUUUUGGACAUUUUGAGAAACCAUUAUUUUUAGAGCUAGUCAAGCAUAUGGAGUCCAAAUUUAUAGCUCCUGGUGGCUACCUGUUUAAAAUUGGCGAUGUGGAUGACAGUAUAUAUGUGGUACAAAGUGGCAAACUACAUGUAUAUAUAGCAGAGGCGGAGUCUGAAUAUUUUGUAAAAGAAGUGAAUACAGGCGACAGUAUCCACAGUCUGCUUAGUAUACUGGAUGUCCUUACAUGUCAUGCCCAACCUUUUAAAACUGUUUCUGCAAAAGCAGUUGAAGAAACAACAGUAUUGAGGUUGCCUGCUCUUGCCUUCCAAUCUCUGUUUGAGCGAUUCCCAGAGUCCUUGGUUAGAGUUGUUCAGAUCAUAAUGAUACGACUACAGCGUGUGACGUUUACUGCUUUACAUAACUACUUAGGCCUCAGUAAUGAACUCAUCAGUCCCGCAAGCAAUACUGAGAUGCGAACUCUGUCUAUCCACACCAUUACUCCACAGUCGAGUCCGUAUAAACGCCAAACUAGUUUUACACCCUCUUCAUCAUCAGACAUGGAGACUCUGAAAGCUUCCUUCACAGAUGUAAAAAGACAAUACUCAGAAGGCAGUGAUGUGGAUCACCUUAAGUCUGACUUUGACACAGCACGUAUGCGUGCACGUGCACUCAGUGCUUCCAAGAUUGAGGUUGAAGGAGCACCAUCAAGUACUUCAUCUGCACAGAGACACAAAGUGAAGAAAACAGAAAUGACUUUAUCAACAUCAUCUCAAAAUACUAAUGAAGAGAUGGUUCUCAACCUUGCAAAGAAAGACCUCAUCACCCUACUCAAACUUAAGGAUUCCACCAUUUUGGAUGACAAGGUGUCCUUUCAGUACAUCAAAGCUGGAACCACACUCAUCAAACAAGGUGAUCAGGAUGCAAGUCUCAUUUUCCUCAUCACUGGAAACCUGCUGAUUCUCCAACAGGUUGUUGGAGCCAAAGAAAAAGAGCAAGCCCUCUUGUUUUGUUCCCAACCGGGAGAAAUGGUGGGAGCACUGGCUGUAUUGACUGGGGAGCCAUCAUUCUUUACCAUCAGAUCCAAAACUGAUGUUCGCAUUGUUGUCAUUUCAAAAAAUGACUUCUAUGAAAUGAUGCGUGUUCAGCCAGAUGUUGUCCUUAAUGUUGCCAAGACCACACUGGUGAGGAUGACACCAUUUGUACGACAAAUCGACUUUGCCCUUGACUGGAUGUUGACAGAGGCAGGAAAAGCACUAUUCAGACAAGGAGACUACUCUGAUAGUAUCUAUAUCGUCCUCACUGGACGGUUUCGAUCUGUGAUCACCCAGAAGGAUGGUAAGAAGGAGUUAGUGGCUGAGUAUGGCCGUGGGGAGCUGGUUGGUAUCGUGGAGGUCCUCACUGACACAGAACGCACCACUACAAUGAUGGCCAUUCGAGACACAGAGUGUGCUAAACUACCAGCAGAAUUACUCAACUUAAUAAAGAGAAAAUACCCACACAUUGUCACUCGGCUGAUCCAUCUCCUGGGACAGAGGAUUCUGGGACAUUUACAGACCUCACGUCAGCAGGUUCCUCUUGGAGACAACCUGCAGAUUGUAGAGAACAGGUCAGUGAGCAACCUAGCAACAGUGGCUGUCCUGCCUAUAUCUAAGGAUGUGCCUAUCUCCACCUUCACCUUGGAACUCCAGAAUGCCCUUAAAGCCAUAGGAUCUACAACAAGGCUGACCAGUAGUAUUGUCAAAUCUAGAUUGGGAGGAGCUGCUCUGGACAGUAUCCAUGAAUUCCGCUUGUUUAAUUGGCUGGGCCACCAGGAGGACAUGCAUCGAAUGACCCUGUAUGAGUGUGACUAUACAAUGACUAAGUGGACAAAGAACUGUAUCAGACAGGCAGACUGUAUCCUUAUUGUCGGUCUAGCUGACAAUGAUCCUGCUGUAGGGGAGGUGGAGAAACAAAUGGGGAAUAUCUCUGUACGAGCUCAAAAGGAACUUGUCCUACUGCACAAAGAAGAUGCAGAGAAACCAAAGGGUACAGUGGAGUGGCUGAAUGCUCGUGGCUGGUGCUCCUCUCAUCACCAUAUUCGCUGUCCUAAACGUGUCUUCUCAAAACGACCCGAGGACAAAAUACUGGAGUUGUACAACAAAUUGUUUGAAACUGAACCAGACAGACAAAGCGACUUCGGCAGACUGUCCAGAUUUCUAACAGGCACUUCUAUUGGUCUGGUUUUAGGAGGGGGAGGAGCCAGAGGACUAGCCCACAUUGGUAUGAUCAAAGCAAUGGUGGAAGCUGGUAUCCCAAUAGACAUGGUCGGUGGCACCAGUAUGGGAUCCUUUAUAGGGGCUGUGUGGUGUGAUGAGGUCAAUGUGGCUCGGCUCACACAGAAGAGCAGGGAAUGGUGCAAGGAAAUGACAUCUUUGUGGAAGAAGAUCGUAGAUCUGACUUACCCAAUAGCGUCAAUGUUCUCGGGCAGAGCCUUUAACAGAUCUAUAGAGAUGGUGUUUACAGACAGACAAGUGGAAGACUUGUGGACUCCCUACUUUUGUAUCAGUACAGAUAUCUCUACGUCGAAGAUGAAGGUUCAUACCACAGGAAGUCUUUGGAGAUAUGUACGGGCCAGUAUGUCAUUGUCAGGGUACAUGCCUCCUCUUUGUGACCCAGUUGAUGGACAUCUUCUGUUGGAUGGUGGUUAUGUCAAUAACUUGCCUGCUGAUGUAAUGAAGUCCAUGGGAGCCCAGUCUAUCUUUGCUGUAGAUGUUGGCAGUCAGGAUGAGACGUCCCUUACAAAUUAUGGAGAUGAUCUGUCUGGCUGGUGGUUGCUAUGGAAACGCUGGAAUCCAUGGGCAGAACCUGUUAAGGUACCAGAUAUGAACGAGAUACAGUCCCGUCUAGCCUAUGUAUCAGGAGUCCGUCAGCUGGAGAUGAUGAAGACCAGUGACUAUUGUGAAUAUAUUCGUCCUCCAAUAGACAAGUUUGCCACCCUCCAGUUUGGCAGUUGUGAUGAAAUCAGUGAUGUAGGGUAUCAUCAUGGGCGGACACUGUUCUCUGGCUGGGUGAAAGGAGGACUUGUCAAGGAGCUGUUUGAGGAGAAAAGCAAGGACAAGUCAUAUGGCAGUAACUCAAUGCUAAGACCUGAGGCAAACAUUCCAGUGAUGGCUAACUUCACAGACUUGGCUGAGCUUGUGUCCAAGAUUGACGAGCCACAGCACCAUUUAAUGGCAGACUUUUAUGAGCCAGAUGAUGAGUAUGAGGAUGAAGAUAGUGAUGAUGCCAACAGCUAUGAGAUAGAGGAGGGAGAAGAGGAGUCCUUGGAAGAUGUGAUUGAUGAUGAAGUAAUAGAGGAAAUCGUCCGUUCUCCCUCUAUGAUUCUUUCUCAGCCAGCAGCAGAAUCAAAAAAGAAUGCCACUAAUUUGAAGCGGAGAUCUAGUCAAGGAAAAUCAAACAAAAUGAGAACAGCUGUGAAUAAGAAGACAUACCUGGAUAUCUAUAUAGGAACAGAACAGCUGUGAAUAAGUAGGGAUACCUGGAUAUCUAUAUAGGAACAGAACAGCUGUGAAUAAGUAGACAUACCUGGAUAUCUAUAUAGGAACAGAACAGCUGUGAAUAAGUAGGGAUACCUGGAUAUCUAUAUAGGAACAGAACAGCUGUGAAUAAGUAGACAUACCUGGAUAUCUUUAUAUGAACAGAAAGA